GCAGAGUUGGAGAGGCACCGGACGAGAGAGGGCUCCGCGGGCCCAGCUGGGAGCCAGACCGGAGCCAAGUUGCAGUCCCGGGCUCCGGUGACGCCGUGGCCGCAGGGUCUCCAUUUUGGGACAUUCUAAUCCCUGAGCCCCUAUUAUUUUCAUCAUGGUCUUCUGCCUGGCUCUAGCAUGGACACUUCUGGUUGGGGCAUGGACCCCUAUGGGAGCUCAGAACCCCAUUUCGUGGGAGGUGCAGCGAUUUGAUGGGUGGUACAACAACCUCAUGGAGCACAGAUGGGGCAGCAAAGGCUCCCGGCUGCAGCGCCUGGUCCCAGCCAGCUAUGCAGAUGGUGUGUACCAGGCCUUGGGAGAACCCCACCUGCCCAAUCCCCGAGACCUUAGCAACACCAUCUCGAGGGGCCCUGCAGGGCUGGCCUCCCUGCGAAACCGCACAGUGUUGGCCGUCUUCUUUGGCUAUCACCUGCUCUCGGACCUGGUGAGCGUGGAAACGCCCGGCUGCCCUGCCGAGUUCCUCAACAUCCACAUCCCGCCCGGAGACCCCGUGUUCGACCCAGACCAGCGUGGGGAUGUGGUGCUGCCCUUCCAGAGGAGCCGCUGGGACCCCGAGACCGGACGGAGCCCCAGCAAUCCCCGAGACCUGACCAACCAGGUGACGGGCUGGCUAGACGGCAGCGCCAUCUAUGGCUCCUCGCACUCCUGGAGCGACGCGCUGCGGAGCUUCUCCGGGGGACAGUUGGCGUCGGGGCCUGACCCCGCCUUCCCCCAAGACUCGCAGAAGCACCUGUUAAUGUGGGCGGCGCCCGACCCCGCCACCGGGCAGAGCGGGCCCAGGGGGCUGUACGCCUUCGGGGCGGAGCGAGGGAACCGGGAGCCCUUCCUGCAGGCGCUGGGUCUGCUCUGGUUCCGCUAUCACAACCUGUGCGCGCAGAGGCUGGCCCGCCAGCACCCAGACUGGGGGGACGAGGAGCUGUUCCAGCACGCGCGCAAGAGGGUCAUCGCCACCUACCAGAACAUCGCUGUGUAUGAGUGGCUGCCCAGCUUCCUGCAGAAAACACCCCCGGAGUAUACAGGAUACCGGCCAUUUCUGGACCCCAGCAUCUCCUCGGAGUUCGUGGCGGCCUCUGAGCAGUUCCUCUCCACCAUGGUGCCCCCUGGCGUCUACAUGAGAAAUGCCAGCUGCCACUUCCAGGUGGUCAUCAAUCGGAACUCAAGUGUCUCCAGAGCUCUCCGGGUCUGCAAUAGCUACUGGAGCCGUGAGCACCCAAGCCUACAAAGUGCUGAAGAUGUGGACGCACUGCUGCUGGGCAUGGCCUCCCAGAUCGCAGAGCGAGAGGACCAUGUGGUGGUUGAAGAUGUACGGGAUUUCUGGCCUGGGCCACUGAAGUUUUCCCGCACAGACCACCUGGCCAGCUGCCUGCAGCGGGGCCGGGAUCUGGGCCUGCCCUCUUACAACAAGGCCAGGGCAGCGCUGGGCUUGUCUCCUAUUACCCGCUGGCAGGACAUCAACCCUGUGCUCUUCCGGAGCAAUGACACUGUACUGGAGGCCACAGCUGACCUGUACAAGCAGGACUUGUCCUGGCUGGAGCUGCUCCCUGGGGGACUCCUGGAGAGCCACCGGGACCCUGGACCCCUGUUCAGCACCAUCGUUCUUGACCAAUUUGUGCGGCUGCGGGAUGGUGACCGCUACUGGUUUGAGAACACCAGGAAUGGGCUGUUCUCCAAGAAGGAAAUUGAAGAAAUCCGAAAUACCACCCUGCGGGACGUGCUGGUCGCUGUUAUCAACAUUGACCCCGGUGCUCUGCAGCCCAGUGUCUUUGUCUGGCAUAAAGGAGACCCCUGUCCGCAGCCAAGACAGCUCAGCACUGAAGGCCUGCCAGCCUGUGCUCCCUCCAUUGUUCGUGACUAUUUUGAGGGCAGUGGAUUUGGCUUCGGGGUCACCAUCGGGACCCUCUGCUGCUUCCCUUUGGUGAGCCUGCUCAGUGCCUGGAUUGUUGCCCGGCUCCGGAUGAGAAAUUUCAAGAGGCUCCAGGGCCAGGACCGCCAGAGCAUCGUGUCUGAGAAACUCGUGGGAGGCAUGGAAGCUUUGGAAUGGCAAGGCCGCAAGGAGCCCUGCCGGCCCGUGCUCGUGCACCUGCAGCCUGGGCAGAUCCGUGUGGUAGACGGCAGGCUCACCAUGCUCCGCACCAUCCAGCUGCAGCCUCCACAGCAGGUCAACCUUGUCCUGUCCAGCAAUCGUGGACGCCGCACUCUGCUGCUCAAGAUCCCCAAGGAGUAUGACCUGGUGCUGCUGUUUAACUCAGAGGAAGAGCGGCAGACGCUGGUGGAAAACCUCCGGGCAGCUCUGAAGGAGAGCGGGUUGAGCAUCCAGGAGUGGGAGCUGCGGGAGCAGGAGCUGAUGAGAGGAGCUGUGACGCGGGAGCAGCGGAGCCACCUCCUGGAGACCUUUUUCAGGCACCUUUUCUCCCAGGUGCUGGACAUCAACCAGGCCGACGCAGGGACCCUACCCCUGGACUCCUCCCAGAAGGUGCAGGAGGCCCUGACCUGUGAGCUGAGCAGGGCCGAGUUUGCCGAGUCCCUGGGCCUCAAGCCCCAGGACAUGUUUGUGGAGUCGAUGUUCUCUCUGGCUGACAAGGAUGGCAAUGGCUACCUGUCCUUCCGAGAGUUCCUGGACAUCCUGGUGGUCUUCAUGAAAGGCUCUCCUGAGGAAAAGUCUCGCCUUAUGUUCCGCAUGUACGACUUUGAUGGGAAUGGCCUCAUUUCCAAGGAUGAGUUCAUCAGGAUGCUGAGAUCCUUCAUCGAGAUCUCCAACAACUGCCUGUCCAAGGCCCAGCUGGCUGAGGUGGUGGAGUCCAUGUUCCGGGAGUCGGGAUUCCAGGACAAGGAGGAGCUGACGUGGGAGGAUUUUCACUUCAUGCUGCGGGACCACAACAGCGAGCUCCGCUUCACGCAGCUCUGUGUCAAAGGGGUGGAGGUGCCUGAAGUCAUCAAGGACCUCUGCCGGCGAGCCUCCUACAUCAGCCAGGAGACGAUCUGUCCCUCUCCCAGAGUGAGUGCCCACUGUUCCCACGGCGACAUAGAGACGGAGUUGACACCUCAGAGACUGCAGUGCCCCACGGACACAGACCCUCCCCAGGAGAUUCGGCGGAGGUUUGGCAAGAAGGUAACGUCAUUCCAGCCCUUGCUGUUCACUGAGGCGCACCGAGAGAAGUUCCAACGCAGCCGUCUCCACCAGACGGUGCAACAGUUCAAGCGCUUCAUUGAGAACUACCGGCGCCACAUCGGCUGCGUGGCGGUGUUCUACGCCAUCGCUGGGGGGCUUUUCCUGGAGAGGGCCUACUACUACGCCUUUGCCGCACACCACACGGGCAUCACGGACACCACCCGCGUGGGAAUCAUCCUGUCGCGGGGCACGGCAGCCAGCAUCUCCUUCAUGUUCUCCUACAUCCUGCUCACCAUGUGCCGCAACCUCAUCACCUUCCUGCGAGAAACCUUCCUCAACCGCUACGUGCCCUUCGACGCCGCUGUGGACUUUCAUCGCCUCAUUGCCUCCACCGCCAUCGUCCUCACAGUCUUACACAGUGUGGGCCAUGUGGUGAAUGUGUACCUGUUCUCCAUCAGCCCCCUCAGCGUCCUCUCCUGCCUCUUUCCUGGCCUCUUCCAUGAUGAUGGGUCUGAGUUCCCCCAGAAGUAUUACUGGUGGUUCUUCCAGACCGUACCAGGCCUCACAGGGGUUGUGCUGCUCCUGGUCCUGGCCAUCAUGUAUGUCUUCGCCUCCCACCACUUCCGCCGCCGCAGUUUCCGGGGCUUCUGGCUGACCCACCACCUCUACAUCCUGCUCUACGUCCUGCUCAUCAUCCAUGGUAGCUUUGCUCUGAUCCAGCUGCCCCGUUUCCACAUCUUCUUCCUGGUCCCGGCAAUCAUCUAUGGGGGUGACAAGCUGGUGAGCCUGAGCCGGAAGAAGGUGGAGAUCAGCGUGGUGAAGGCGGAGCUGCUGCCCUCAGGAGUGACCCACCUGCAGUUCCAGCGGCCCCAGGGCUUUGAGUACAAGUCAGGGCAGUGGGUGCGGAUCGCUUGCCUGGCUCUGGGGACCACCGAGUACCACCCCUUCACACUGACCUCUGCACCCCAUGAGGACACGCUCAGCCUGCACAUCCGGGCGGCAGGGCCCUGGACCACUCGCCUCAGGGAGAUCUACUCAGCCCCGACGGGUGACAGAUGUGCCAGAUACCCAAAGCUGUACCUUGAUGGACCAUUUGGAGAGGGCCACCAGGAGUGGCAUAAGUUUGAGGUGUCAGUGCUAGUGGGAGGGGGCAUUGGGGUCACCCCUUUUGCCUCCAUCCUCAAAGACCUGGUCUUCAAGUCAUCUGUCAGCUGCCAAGUGUGCUGUAAGAAGAUCUACUUCAUCUGGGUGACGCGGACCCAGCGUCAGUUUGAGUGGCUGGCUGAUAUCAUCCGAGAGGUGGAGGAGAACGACCACCAGGACCUGGUGUCUGUGCACAUCUACAUCACCCAGCUGGCUGAGAAGUUCGACCUCAGGACCACCAUGCUGUACAUCUGUGAACGGCACUUUCAGAAGGUUCUGAACCGGAGUCUAUUCACGGGACUGCGUUCCAUCACCCACUUUGGCCGCCCCCCUUUUGAGUCCUUCUUCAACUCCCUGCAGGAGGUCCACCCCCAGGUCCGGAAGAUCGGGGUGUUUAGCUGUGGCCCCCCUGGCAUGACCAAGAAUGUGGAAAAGGCUUGUCAGCUCAUCAACAGGCAGGACCGGACUCACUUCUCCCACCAUUAUGAGAACUUCUAGGCCCCUGCCCAGGGGUUCUGCCCACUGCCCAGUUGAGCAGAGGUUUGGGCCCACAGCUCACCUCUGUUCUUCCUAUUUCUGGCUGCCUCAGCCUUCUCUCAUUUCUCACCUCCCAACCUUGUUCCAGGUGGCCAUGGUCAGUCACCAGGUAUGGGCUCAGGGACCUCCAGGCCUAGGAUGUGUCUCAGCCUGGAGAAAUGGUGGGGGAGGGGGGACAUGUCUAGGGUCUAGAGUGAGAAGUAGGGGAGCUACUGGUUUGGGGCAAAGUAAAACCUCUGUUUCCAAACUUCAGAAACAAAUCUCAAAAGACAAACUGACCCGACAAGUACCGUGUGUGUGCAGGUCUGUAUGUGUGUUGGGGUGGUGAGUGUAAGGAUGCACUGGGAGCAUGGAUGCUGGCAUCUUAGAACCCUCCCUACUCCCAGACCUCCUCCUCUUCUGGGGUCCCCACUGUCAGAAGGGCUGGCAAUUGCCUUGCAGGAGGUAGAGGCUGGACCCAUGGCAAGCCAUUUACAGAAACUCACUCAGCACCACAGUUUAACACCACGACUGAUUUCACCCAGGGUUUUAAGCACGUUCUUUCAUCAGACCCUGGCCCAAUACCUAUGUAUGCAAUGCUCCUCAGCCCUCUUCUCCCUGCUCCAGUAGUCUCCCUUACAAAUAAUUCACUUUUCUGUGUUCA